AUGGCCACUGUAGCGGCAAAACAUGUAUCUCAUGUUCAGGCCACGGUGGUCUGUGCAAAGUCCAACGGUAUCCAAAUCCAUAUCCGAAGCGGCGGUCAUGACUACGAGGGCCUUUCUUACAUGUCGUCUGUGCCAUUUGUUAUUCUCGAUAUGUACAAUCUUAGGUCAAUCACUGUUGACGUGUCAAGCAAGAAAGCAUGGAUUCAAGCUGGUGCAACCUUGGGAGAGCUCUACACAAAGGUCAAUGACGCGAGCAAAACGCUAGCGUUUCCGGCCGGAGUUUGCGCUACGGUAGGAGCUGGAGGACACAUAAGCGGUGGAGGGUACGGAAAUCUGAUGAGAAAGUACGGAAUCACUGUGGAUCAUGUCGUUGAUGCUCAAUUAGUUGAUGUCAACGGCAAACUCUUAAAUCGAGCUACGAUGGGAGAAGAUCUAUUUUGGGCGAUUCGUGGCGGUGGGGGAGGGAGUUUCGGAGUUAUCAUCUCUUGGAAAGUCAACCUCGUCGAGGUUCCAAAGAUUCUAACAGUGUUUAAGGUUAACAAAACAUUGGAAGAAGGAGGCACUGAUGUUCUAUACAAGUGGCAGCUUGUGUCUACCAAAUUUCCUGAAAGUCUUUUUGUGAGAGCAAUGCCUCAAGUCGCAAAUGGAACAAAGCGCGGGGAGAGAACCAUCGCGGUUGUAUUUUACGGUCAGUUCUUGGGUCAAACCAAUGAGCUAAUGGCGAUAAUGAACGAGAACUUGCCUGAAUUAGGGCUCAAACGUGAAGAUUGUCACGAAAUGAGCUGGCUUAACACGACCUUGUUUUGGUCCGAUUACCCGGCCGGUACACCGGCGAGCAUUCUUCUAGAAAGGCCGUCGAGUCCAGGAGAAUUCUUCAAAAGCAAAUCGGAUUAUGUCAAAAAACCAAUCCCAAAAGGAGGAAUGGAGAAGCUUUGGAAGACAAUGUUGAAAUUCAACAAUAUUGUGUGGAUGCAAUGGAACCCUUACGGUGGAGUGAUGGACCGAAUUCCUUCGACUGCCACUGCGUUUCCUCACCGGAAAGGGAACUUGUUCAAGAUUCAAUACUAUACGACAUGGCCGAACGCAAACGCCACAGAGGCUAGUCUAAGUCAAAUGAGGGAGCUUUACGAGGUUGCCGAACCGUACGUGUCAAGUAACCCCAGAGAGGCGUUCUUUAACUACAGAGACAUCGAUGUUGGAAGCAAUCCUAGUGGUGAGACAAACGUUGAUGAAGCUAUAAUAUAUGGAUCGAAGUAUUUCUUGGGGAAUUUGAAGAGAUUGAUGGACAUUAAAGCCAAGUAUGAUCCUAAGAAUUUCUUCAAGAACGAGCAGAGUAUUCCUCCUGUUCGUGUAAUAUAG